ACAGCCAUGUCUGCAGCUAACAGCCUUUUGAGUUUUUGUGAAUUAUUUCCCUGCUGAAACAAUCAUUUAAACACAUUUUGAAAAGAAAUUUGGAGCUCAACAGACAAGCCUACAAACUUAUUAUGGAGUUCUAUAAUUUCCUCUGGUUUUUCUCUAUAAUAACCUGCUCAGGUUCACAGACAGUUUUCAAUAAAGACCCAAACCUGAAUGAAAGAUCUUAUAACCUGGAGUGGAUGAAGUCUAUACCUGAAGAGACCCCACUAUCUGCUAUCGCUAUCCCUGGAACACAUGAGAGCUUAACAUUAUACAAAGGACUAUUUGCAAGUUAUUUGCAAAGUCAAGUUUGGAGUUUGAAAGACCAACUUAAUGUAGGAGUACGAUAUUUUGACUUGCAUUCUAGAAAUUGGAUUCCUAAAAAAAUCAUUUAUGUUGGGGAUAGUCACUGGCUUAUUGGGAAAGAAAUUCCCUUGGGUGAAGUUCUUAGAUUUAUUCUUGAUUUUUUAGAAAAACACAGCAGUGAGACUGUGAUUCUGAAAGUGACAUUACAUGAUUUCAUUGUUUCUAAUAAAAAGAAUGCUGAAUACUUGAUGAACGAAAUAAUUGACAAGUUCCGAAGUAAAAUAUGGACAAAUACACUAGCACCAAAAAUGAAGGAUGCAAGGGGUAAGAUUGUUUUUCUCAAGACUCGUGUGUUUCAAGCUGGAACAGAAAGCCAUGACUCACAUUUCUUUGAACAUAAUAGGCUCAUAAAUGUGGAAAAAAAAAUAAAGAAUAUCAAGUCAAACCUCUGUAAACAUCACAUUAUGGUGAGUGAGACGUCAGCAUCAACUACUGAGAAACCAAUAAAAUUGGCUCAAAAUGUUAACAAACAGCUUGACAACUUUCUGAACCAACACGGAACCAGUUUGGAAAAUCACGGUUGCUUAGGUGUCAUAAGUAUGGACUUCCCCAGUGCUCAGCUUAUUAAAAAAAUCACUGAACUCAAACCAUGUAAAUGUGGACACGGAGAAGGAACAGGACAGUCUGGAAAGAAGGGACCACCACUUGUACCAACAACUAAACUGACAACGUCACCUGUAGCCACAACUUCACCUGAACGCACAACUUCACCGGAACCAACAACUAAAAUAAUAAUCAUACCCAGCCAUUCCCCUGAACCACCAUCAGCACCCACAACUUCACCUGAACGCACAACUUCACCGGAACCAACAACUAAAAUAAUAAUCAUACCCAGCCAUUCCCCUGAACCACCAUCAGCACCCACAACUUCACCUGAACGCACAACUUCACCGGAACCAACAACUAAAAUAAUAAUCAUACCCAGCCAUUCCCCUGAACCACCAUCAGCACCCACAACUUCACCUGAACGCACAACUUCACCUGAACCCACAACUAGAAUAAUAAUCAUACCCAGACCUUCACCUGAACCACCAUCAGCACCCACAACUUCACCUAAACCCACAACUUCACCUGAACCCACAACUAGAAUAAUAAUCAUACCCAGACCUUCACCUGAACCAACAUCAGCACCCACAACUUCACCUGAACCCACAACUUCACCUGAACUAACAACUUCACCUGAACUAACAGCUUCACCUGAACCAUCAACUUCACCUGAACCUACAACUUCACCUGAACCAACAACUUCACCUGAACUAACAGCUUCACCUGAACUAACAACUUCACCUGAACCAACAGCUUCACCUCAACUAACAACCUCACCUAUACCAUCAACCUCACCUGAACCUACAACUUCACCUGAACCAUCAACUUCACCUGAACCAACAGCUUCACCUGAACCUACAACUUCACCUGAACCAACAGCUUCACCUGAACCAUCAACUUCAUCUGAACCUACAACUUCACCUGAACCAACAGCUUCACCUGAACCAUCAACUUCACCUGAACCAUCAACUUCAUCUGAACCUACAACUUCACCUGAACCAACAGCUUCACCUGAACCAUCAACUUCAUCUGAACCUACAACUUCACCUGAACCAACAGCUUCACCUGAACCAUCAACUUCACAUGAACCAACAGCUUCACCUGAACCUACAACUUCACCUGAACCAUCAACUUCACCUGAACCAUCAACUUCAUCUGAACCUACAACUUCACCUGAACCAACAGCUUCACCUGAACCAUCAACUUCACCUGAACCAACAGCUUCACCUGAACCAACAGCUUCACCUGAACCAUCAACUUCACCUGAACCAUCAACUUCAUCUGAACCUACAACUUCACCUGAACCAACAGCUUCACCUGAACCAUCAACUUCACCUGAACCAACAACUUUACCUGAACCAUCAACUUCACCUGAACCAACAGCUUCACCUGAACCUACAACUUCACCUGAACCAUCAACUUCACCUGAACCAUCAACUUCAUCUGAACCUACAACUUCACCUGAACCAACAACUUCACCUGAACCAUCAACUUCACCUGAACCAACAACUUCACCUGAACCAUCAACUUCACCUGAACCAACAGCUUCACCACAACCAACUGCACCUCAACCAUCAACUUCACCUGAACCAUCGACUUCACCAGAACCAACAACUUCACCAGAAUCAAAAAAAAUGGGACCAACACAUUAUUCUGUGCUUCCUAAACCAGUAAUUGAUUCACAUCCUGUUGUUCCCCCGGUCACACAGCCCAAGAAAGAGCACAAAUUAGAUACACACUGGAGAAGGCGCAAGUGCUUUAGAGGAUAAGUGGAGUAAUAAAUGUAACAGUAAAAGUAAUACUUAAGUAAUAAUUA